CCUUAAAAUAUUAGCAUUCUACGGUUACUUGUCAGUCAAUGCCUGUUCAACGUGCUUUUUAAGCGGUAUAGUGAUUAGCGAAUUCAAAUUUUACUGUUCUUCGGGAAUGUUGUGAAGAUUUAGUUACAUUUGGUGUAAUAAUUUUUCAUGUGAUUUUAAAAAGUGAUAAUUUUCAACUGUUUAUUUUAUAAUAUGAUAAAAUUCUUCUAAUCAUGGGGGAAGCCAGACGAUCUCAAAAAUUAUGUACAACUGUAGCUGUCAGAUACCGCUUUAUAUGGAAACCAAUUGGAAAUGGAGAAAAAGAACUUCAAUUCUUACCCCAUAAAGUGCGCAAGCUGAAGCAUAUCCCACCUGUACCAGUUGAACCUGAAGAAUUGAAACCAGAAGAUGUGGAGUACUUGGAUGAUGUAGAAUAUUUGAGAAGCCUUGAUCCUAAGGAGUGGAAACAUCAAGAUCAUUACAAAGUAUUGGGGAUACCAACAUUAAGAAUAAAAGCUACUGAUGAAAUAAUUAGAAUUGCAUAUCGCAAAAAGGUACUUAAACAUCAUCCAGACAAACGGAAAGCUAAAGGAGAAGAAAUCAAAAGUGAUGAUGAUUAUUUUACAUGCAUAACUAUGGCUAAUGAAACGUUGGGUAACGCUUUGAAAAGAAGGUCUUACGAUUCUGUGGAUCCAGAGUUUGAUAAUAAUAUACCACUUCCUAGCGAAAUCAAAAAUAAUUUUUUUGAAGUGGGCUCUUAUUAUUUCGAAUUGAAUUCAAGGUGGUCUGAGAAACGAAAUGUUCCAAAGUUGGGUGGACCUGAUUCUACUAGAGAAGAAGUUGAAAAGUUUUAUAAUUUCUGGUACAAUUUCAAAUCAUGGAGGGAAUUCUCUUAUGAAGACGAAGAAGAUAAGGAGAAAUGUACAGAUCGUGAUGAGAGAAGAUAUGUAGAUAAAUUAAAUAAAGCAGAACGUUUGAGAAAAAAAAAAGAAGAAAUGGCGAGAAUUAGGGCAUUAGUAGAUUUAGCAUACAAUAAUGAUCCAAGAAUAGGCAAAUUUAAACAAGAGGAUAAAGAUAGGAAACUUGCUGCUAAGCGAGCCAAACAAACUGCUGCUCAAAUUAAAAAAGAUGAAGCUGAAAGAGCUUUAAAGGAAGCACUAUUAGCAAAAGAAAAGGCAGAUGCCGCUGAAAGAGCAAGAAUCGAAACAAAAAGACAAGAACGUGAAAUUCAAAAAAAAGCUUUAAAGAAGGAACGCAAAGCUUUACGAGAUAUAUGUAAAGCUAAUAAUUAUUAUGCUGAUAAUCCUGACCAGAAUUUAACACACAUAACAGCAUUAGAAUCAAUUUGUGAAAAUAUGAAUGUAAAUGAAUUAGAGCAAUUGAACAAGGAAAUUAAAAACAAAGGUAAAAGUGCUUUCUUGAAAGCAAUAACCAAAGUAAAUAAUAUGAUUGAAAAAGAAAGAAAAGCCGUCCUUGAAGCAAGUAAGCCAAAAUCAGCUGAAAAUAAAAACUCCAACAGUACACAGGUGAUGCCAGAAUGGAAUGAAGAAAAUAUGCAGCUUUUAGUAAAAACAGUUACUAUGUUCCCCCCUGGCACUAAUCAAAGAUGGGAAGUGGUGGCUAAUUUUAUCAAUCAGCAUGGCAAAUUCAAUAAGAAUACUAGUAAGUUCACGGCUAAAAUGGUUUUAGCUAAAGCGAAAGAGCUUCAGAACACAGAUUUUUCCAAAAAUAAUUUGAAAGCAGAAGCUAAUAAACAAGCAUUUGAUAACUUCAAAAAGAACAAAAACAAAAAGAACGUUUUACAGGUGAACGAAAAUGGUAUAUCGAAAAAAAUGGAAGAAAUGAAGAUUGAUGAUAAAAAUUCUAAACCAGUGGAACAAAAGAAUAAUAAGGUAGAAUCCACACCUUGGACUACUGAGGAACAGCUUCUUUUAGAACAAGCAUUGAAGACCUAUCCUGCUGCUACCGCAGAACGUUGGGAUCGAGUAGCUGAGUGCAUACCUAAUAGAACUAAAAAAGAGUGUAUAAAGAGGUACAAGGAGUUGGUGGAAACUGUUAAGGCUAAAAAAGCUGCUCAGGCAGCUGUUAACUCAGUGAAAUGACAAUCGGUUUAAAACUAUUUAUUUGAUUCUAAAUAGACAUUGUUCAAUAUAAAUAUUUGACCACUA